AUGGCAUCCGAUGAUGGGCCAAAUGAUACCCCCACUCCACCAUCAGGUGGUCCGCCAGCAAAGGUUCCCUCCGAAAAGGAGCUCGCUCGCAAGAUCCGAAAACGCGAGCUUGACCGCCGAGCCCAAAGACAGGCCCGUGAACGGACGCGCAACCGCAUCGCCGAGCUCGAGUCUCAAGUCAAGGAACUCAGGAAGGAUGAUUCGACGAGGUUAUCGGCCUGCAUGGAGCAGCUCGCCACUAUCACCCACGAACGAGACAGCCUGGUCGACACAGUCAAGUCCAUUGAGCAAAUAAUCCGCGGGCAUGUGCUACCGAGCCGCCAAGCCCCAACAGCGACGCCACUCUCUCCGCCCGGACAGUCAGGACCCCUACCCAACCCUCGGGAUGCGAUAAUGACAAGACCGUCGUCGCGCUCGUACUCGGCCCCAAUCAGCUUCCUGCCCGGAACUCCCUCUAGUACCGACCCUCACGCGCUCCGCAGCAGCGGCUUUGGCAAUGGACUCGGGGUUGUCGGCACAGUACCGAAUGACUUCUCGGCGCCCGGCUGUCGCGCCUCCGCCUCCACGUCAGACAGUCAAGACUUUAUCGAGGAGCUCGAGGAGGAGGACGAAGACGAAGACCACGACGACGACGCUGGUAUUAUCGUCCCACCACCCACAUCACCAUGCGACUGUGCCGUGGCCCCAACGCGGUCUGGGCCGGCUCCGCCCAAGUUCAAUGUUUGGCGGGCUAUCAACCGGGCCUUAACCAUGAGGUGCCAUGUCUCGAAGGCUGCGCAAGUGGCUGAAGAUGCUGAAGAUGAGCAUGUGCCUGUUUGCGCGUUGAUUGAGGGGUGGGAUGUUGUUGCUAAGUCAAGGCCUUUGUCUAAGCUGUGGAGGAAGCUGCGCGCGGUUGACGAGGUGCUCUUUUUCAACUGUUCCCUGACAGACCGACUAGCAAUUCUUCGAAUCAUGUAUAUGCAAUUAAAAUACCAAUUUGAUCCCACGCCGGAGCGGCCAUCACAAACACUGCCUCACUCCCAAGCCAUCGACUUCUUCGUUUGGCCAGGUCUCCGAGAGCGUUUCGUUUUUGGUCAACAUGCUUAUUGUAACAACCAAUUCUGGCAGCUCUUUGCUUCAAGCAUACACGUGCUGUGGCCCUUCGAGUUCCGCGACGCGUACAAGAAGUGCGUGGUCACGGGGCAGUACCAAUUAUCGCCCAUGUUCGAGCAAAGAAUUAGGGACCUCAACGUUUGGACCAUGGGGAACGACCUUUUCGCGCGCUUUCCCGAACUCAUUGCGGACAUUCCGGUGACCCAGUCCAUUGGUCAAUCUUUGACGCCAGUUGCUACACCAAUCAUGCUGCAGCAGGCCUAUCUAUCUCAAUUAAAGGAGCGUGAAGAACAGCUGAUGCUAGAGCAUGCUUCCGAGCAGGGAUCAAGCCAAGACGUCAUAGACUGCACACAGGCCAUGCAGGUGUUUCCUCCAGACCUCUACAGAAUGGCGCCUUCAGUUUUCAUGGCCGAGUAUACACCUCAGAGCUUCGAUACGAACGGCGUCUCACACGAUUCAACGCCCGAGUAUUUCUGA